AUUAAACCUUUUAUGAAAGUGCAGAUAAUAUCCCCAAAGAAUGAAAAGAAUAAGAUAGAGGUGGGUAAAAAUAAUUCCGCCACCGUUCGGCGAGGUUUCAGCUUUGGGCGGAGAAAUUGAGGAUAAUGGCGGACAUUUCGAAGCUCUUCUCUCUCUCUUGAAAUUACACUCUUUCACCAACUGUUUAGCUAACUAACUUUAUUCAUUCAUUCCUCUCGAUUUUGCCCCCCGUUUUUCCCUCUAUAUUUCUUUUUUCUCCAGCUCUAGCUCGCUUUCUGAUUGUCGAUUUGAAAAAAAUCUCUUCCUCUUCCAAUGGAGUCCUCCGCUGUUCUCGGAUCAUUUCACCAUUCUGUAUGUGCUGUUUCACAAGCAACUUGCUCACUCGAAAGGCCUGGUACUGUUUGUAUGUAUUCUGGCGGCUGGCCCGCUUCAAGAAAAUCAUGUCUCUCAGGCUUGAUAUUUGGCGAGAAGAACCGUUUUCCAAAAAAACAAAAUGUAACUCUAAUAUCAUGCGUGAAGACACCUGAAGCUACUGUAACAGGCAAGUCUAAUGUUCCUUCUGAUAGCUCCAAAAAAGGCUCAUUGGAGAAGAAAACUUCACCGACUGCAACUUUUCCAAAAGGAUUUGAGGCAUUGGUACUGGAGGUAUGCGAUGAGACUGAGGUUGCUGAGCUGAAAAUGAAGAUUGGAGAGUUUGAAAUGCAUUUGAAGCGCAAUGUUGGUGCCACAAAAGCUCCAUUGUCCAACAUUUCGCCUACAACAGCUCCACCAAUCCCAACUGUACCAAUGAAUGAAUCAGUUGCUGCUACUCCACCUCCUUCACCACCGAAACCCGCUGCAGAGAAGGUUACCCCAUUCAAAAAUAUCAAUGUCGGGAAGUCAUCCAAGUUAGCUGCCUUGGAAGCUUCUGAAUCUAAUAACUAUGUUCUCAUACCAUCUCCCAUUGUUGGCACAUUCAGAAGGGGUAGAACAGUUAAAGGAAAGAAGCAGCCUCCCAUCUGCAGAGAGGGUGAUUUGAUCAAAGAAGGACAAGUAAUAGGAUUCUUGGAUCAAUUUGGUAUCGAACUUCCUGUUAAGUCGGAUGUAGCUGGAGAAGUCUUAAAGCUCCUCUUCGAUGAUGGAGAUGGCGUUGGUUAUGGAGACGCUCUUAUUGCAGUCUUGCCAUCUUUCCAUCCCAUCAAUUGAUCUCUCCAGCGUAUCUAUGGUUUUCUCCUCACAUCCUUGCAUUUGUUCUGUAUUUUGAUGCCAGCAGGCACAAUGUUGAUGUAGCUGGUGAUACUUGUAAUCGAUGUUGCCAGUCAGUUAAAUUCCCAGGAAAUUAUGGAAUAAUUGUUUAAGAUCCAGCAUAGGCUUAUCAAUUGUAUCAGUUAAACUCUAUUAUUAUCAUUUUUGUAUACUAAGCUUUCAGACAUUGUUGCAAUGAUGAGAGAAGCCUUAUCUGAGUCUGGUUUGAACCAAAA